AUGCCCCCCUUGGGGGGCGUGGGGGGCGGCGGGGAGGGCGCCGGGGGGAUGGCUGGGGAUUGGGAUGGGGAGGGAGAGAGGGGGGAUGUGGGGGGAUGGGUGGAGGCGGAGGGGGGCAAGCUGAGGGAGGGGUUUGUGAGGGAGGAGGAGGACAAGACGGGGGAGGAGGAGAGGGAGUGGACGCAGCAGCAGGAGCAGCGCAGGGGGUGGCAGGCGCAGCACAACUCCUACCGGGUGGCACACGAGCAUCGCAGCCUGCGCGUGCUAGCAGCCAUCCGCCAUGCCCUCUCCCCCGCCCGCCGCCUCGUCCUCUACAAGCUCGCCCGCCACAUUCCCCCCCACCCCGCCCCACCCACCGCCACCGCCCCCUCUUCCACCACCCUUCCCUCUUCCUCCGCCGUUCUCCCUGCUUCCUGCCCUCCCGCACACCCCUCGCCCGCACGCCCUUCGCCUGCCCUCCCUGCACCCAUCUUCCUGUUCCCGUUUGACGAGCGUUGGGAGAUGGCUCGCUGUGCGCGCAUGCUGGCGUGGCGGGCGCCCUUCGAGGUGGAACUGGGGGAUCGGCACGUGGGCUGCGCACAUGGGGAGGUGAGGGGAGAAUGGGGUGAGCUGUUCCCCGGUGGCACACUUAUCUUCCCAUUCCCCUCCUCAUUUUUUCUCUCUCUCCCACUCUUCCUCCUCGCACUGUUUCCCCCUUGCAGCUGCGUGGUGAGGGGUGUGGACGCCAGCAGGGGAGUGGCACACGUGGUGGCACCGCUACCGCUCGCCCGCAUGCACCAUGUUGACACUCUCCUCAUCUCGCACCUCCACCUGCCCUCCCCGCUGCUUUUGGUGAGCCUUUUACCUAUCCUCCUCAUUCUGCACCUACACCUGCCUUUGCCCCUCUUCCUGGUGUCGCCGUACCUCUGCUCCCACCCGCUCGCUUAUUCCAUCCUCUCACUCACUUCUCUUUUUCUCUUCCUCUUAUACCCCACUUCCACCCUGCAAUCCCUCUUCCCCCAGUGCAACGACCUGGUGUCGCCGUACCUCUGCUUCCACUCUCUUGCAGAUGCCCCUUCUAAACUUGAUGUGCUCCCGUCUGUAUUUCCCUUUCCCCCUCUCAACCACCACCCCCUGUCACCCCAUCCCCCUUCCUCUUCUCCAGUGCAACGACCUGGUCUCGCCGUACCUCUGCUUCCACUCGCUCGCCGAUGCCACUCUGGGCGCCAAGGAGCUGCCCAUUAG